AUGUUCGACGUGUCGCCAUCUCGGCAAGAUAAUUACUUAUGUACAAAUCGAGACAUUGGGUUGUCAUGGAGAAAUUACCCUCACUAUUGCAAUUCAAAUCUAAAAUAUGUGUACACUCCAGACUAUGUUAAUGCAAGUUGGAGUGAUAAUGCGUUGUGCCUUCCAUUAGAGUCAAAGAUGGAACUUAUAUCGCCACCUUGUGGCCUAUUACCACCAAUGUCAUGCGUUCAUUUAUUUGAUUCUUCAAAAACGGCUGCCCUCAAUGAUAAUUUUGUGUGUUGGAAAGAACAUGCUAAUUAA